CUGGGGCGUGAGGUUAGCGCAUGCGCGGUGGUGGAAGUUCGCCGUGUUUCUGUGUACGGAGGUCUCAUCAUGGCGAGUUCGGGAAGGAAGCGUAUCCUGAAGGAGGAGGACAUCUCCAAGGUGGAGUUCGAGACCAGCGAGGAGGUGGAUGUUACCCCUACCUUCGACACCAUGGGCUUGCGGGAGGAUUUACUACGGGGGAUCUACGCGUACGGCUUUGAAAAACCAUCUGCCAUUCAGCAAAGAGCCAUCAAGCAAAUAAUCAAAGGGAGAGACGUCAUUGCUCAAUCACAAUCUGGUACAGGGAAGACAGCAACUUUCUGUGUGUCAGUAUUACAAUGCCUGGACAUUCAGGUCCGCGAAACCCAGGCUUUAAUAUUGGCACCAACACGGGAGCUCGCAGGGCAGAUACAGAAGGUACUCCUUGCUCUCGGUGACUAUAUGAACGUACAAUGCCAUGCUUGUAUUGGAGGUACCAAUGUUGGAGAAGACAUUCGGAAAUUGGACUAUGGACAGCAUGUAGUUGCUGGUACUCCUGGACGUGUAUUUGAUAUGAUCCGAAGACGAAGUUUGAGGACACGUGCCAUCAAAAUGUUGGUUCUUGAUGAAGCAGAUGAGAUGCUGAACAAAGGUUUUAAGGAGCAGAUCUAUGAUGUGUACAGAUAUUUACCUCCAGCCACACAAGUAAUUCUGAUCAGUGCCACACUGCCUCAUGAAAUCCUGGAAAUGACCAACAAGUUCAUGACCGACCCAAUCCGAAUCCUUGUCAAACGUGAUGAGUUGACCCUGGAAGGAAUCAAACAGUUCUUUGUAGCAGUUGAAAGGGAGGAGUGGAAGUUCGACACAUUGUGUGACUUGUACGACACACUGACCAUUACUCAAGCUGUUAUUUUCUGCAAUACAAAACGGAAGGUGGACUGGCUCACUGAAAAAAUGAGAGAAGCUAAUUUCACAGUAUCAUCAAUGCAUGGUGACAUGCCGCAAAAGGAGAGGGAAUCCAUUAUGAAGGAAUUCCGUUCUGGUGCAAGUCGAGUGCUUAUUUCUACUGACGUUUGGGCCAGAGGAUUGGAUGUCCCUCAAGUCUCGCUGAUCAUCAACUAUGAUUUGCCAAAUAACAGAGAGUUGUAUAUCCACAGGAUUGGUCGAUCAGGUCGUUACGGCCGGAAAGGUGUGGCUAUCAACUUUGUUAAGAAUGAUGACAUUCGUAUACUGCGAGAUAUUGAACAGUACUACUCUACACAGAUUGAUGAAAUGCCAAUGAACGUUGCUGACCUUAUUUAAAGGAAUUGAAAGACCAGAGGACCUGGAUGGGCAAUGGAUUACAUUGCUUUGGUUGAAAACGAAACACUUGACAUUGUAUAAGGAAUCUGUACAUCUCCUAACUUUCUGUUUGUAGAAUUUAUAUCUUAUUUUCAGUAGCACGUGGUUUUGUAAACCAAUGUUAUUGCUUUAUUUUGUACACAUGCAAUUACUGGCCUUUUUGUUUGCAAGUAUUAAAUAAUACAGAAUUUUAAUGUUGAACUUAAAGCUGCAAUUUUACUGAAAUGCUAUGUAUGGAUACCAUUCAUCUUCAUUAAAGUUUGAUAUUAAUGUCCUUUAA